CUGCUUCGGGUUGCUGACUUCGUAGUGGUAGCAAUGAAUGGUUUUGGCGGACCCUGCACAAGCAACUCGGCCUGCCGCUGUAGUCCAAUUGGUAACACAAGCAAGUUGUAUACUGCCAAUUGUUCAAAUCUGGGAAUCACACAAGUUCCGAUAACUCAACCGGAUGUUGUCAUUCUCCUGUUACAGCACAACAUCACUUCUUUGACAACAUCCUUCUGUCCGUCACUUUACAUUCUUGAUCUAUCUUACAACAGAAUUCAAAAUUUUUCGGAUGGCGCGUUUGCAAAUCUAACAAGGUUAACAACAUUGAAUUUAGAAGGAAAUAACCUUGACCUUGACAAAAGUGUUUAUCGGCCAAAUGUCUUUCAAGACUUAAAAGCUUUACGUGAACUAAAUAUCAAGAACUGUACAAGUAAAGAUAUCUAUGAAUUUCCACAGAGAAUCUGGGGGUAUCUCUCCUCACUUCAAAUUCUUAGAAUUGAUGUCAUAUCUCCUACACAAUUUGGACGGCCGUUCCGGCUCCUGACGUCUUUAAGAGAACUGGACGUAUCAGGUGUGACGGGUUUCUGCUCUGUAGGAGCGAUGACAAAGAGCUUCCUCAUAAAUAUGCCAAACUUGGAAAUCAUUGACGUGUCUGCUUGUAACCUGAGAUCAUUUGCAGCAGAUGCAUUGAUAACACAAAGAAACCUUACAAUUCUGAAUAUUUCCUACAACGAAAGGCUUACUUUUGUAAGUUUUGAAAAUCUAUCUCGCAGUUUAGCGUCUUCCAAAAUAAAGGUUCUCAAAGCCAACAAAAUCCACUGUACGUUUGGAAUAGGAACUUUUUUACAAGUCAGUGACAUCAUACACUUUCAAAACACAACCCUUGAAGAGCUCUAUUUAGAUAACAACAGAUUAGCUACUUUAGAAAGGAAUGUUCCUAAGAUCUUACCUCCCACUCUUAAAAUUAUUUCGGGUGUCCAAAACAGAAUGACUAUAGGUCUUUACUUACUGGAGUUUAAGUUUUUAUUAGGCUUAGAAAAAGCAGAUGGAUCUCAUCAGUUUUUUACCCCUUCUUUUCAAAAAGCAAGGGAAGCGUUCUUAUGUCAGAAUCCAGUAAGCAGAUGCAAAAAUAGAAAUGACGAUUAUUCUUUGAAAUAUGAGAAAAUAGAGGAGGAAUUUUCUGUUCCACAUUUUGAUCCUGAAAUAUCGUUUCCAAGAAAUUUUACACACUUCAUUCUACGGGGGGUUGGCAUAAGGACAGCUCUUCAUAACAUACAUUUCAAACGAGACAAUAAGCUUGCACACCUUGACUUGUCGCAAAAUCCAAUAACAAGCUUUACUGGUCCCUUUGAAGGAUUAAAUCAGUUAAAAUAUUGGGAUCUUUCGGAUUGUAAAUGUCCGUCAUUGACAACAUUCUUCUUUGAUCACACAAGCUCAUUAAAAGUUCUGAAACUAAAUAAGAAUUUUCUAGGGGAAAGCCUGGAAAACGACACAGAUGGUGAAACCUUUAAAAAUCUUGUAAAUCUUGAAGAGUUGGACUUAUCUGACAACCAAAUACAAAACUUGCCAAUAAAAAUCUUCAAAAACCUACGAAAUAUUCGGAGUCUUAAUCUGAAAUCAAAUUCUAUGACACAAUGGAAUGUAAAAAUUCAUCAUUUGAGGAACCUUGCAGAAAUCGAUCUCUCUAGGAACUUGCUGCGAAAGCUCCAUGGUAAGGCUAUGCUCUCGUUUUCGGAACUAUUCAAAAAGAAAACCUCUGUGACCAUUUCUCUUGCAUAUAAUCCUUUUGCUUGCACAUGUGAAUCAAAGAAUUUCAUACACUGGUCUUUUCAAAAUCGCAAAUACAUCCUAGAUUUUCAAAACAUUACAUGCACUCUUGAUAAUGGAACGAGCAUCGGACUUCAAAGUGCUGCAGGAUUCCUUGAUGUGUAUUGCACAAAUUAUCAAUUGGUUACAUUUCUAGUAUCCUCUGUUAUAAUGUUCUUUGUUGUAAUAACGGUCACUGGUUUGAUUUACCGUUACCGAUGGAAACUGCGCUAUUUAUAUUACAUGACAAGAAACAAAUACCGGUUAUCAAGUCCAUUGCAAAGAGACACGUUUGCAUUUGAUGCUUUCAUAUCAUACGCUGAAGAGGAUGGCGACUUUGCUGUGAACGAGUCAAUAGCCCAGCUAGAGGAUUUAAGAGGUCUGCAACUGUGCCUUAGUAAACGAGACUUCCAACCGGGUACAGAAAUCGCUGUCAAUAUCGCAGAAGCCAUUACCAAAAGCCGGAAAACAAUAAUAGUUUUAUCAGACAAUUUCCUAAACUCUUACUGGUGCAUGUUUGAAUUCAAUAUGGCACGGAUGGAGAGUAUAUAUACACGGAAUGGUAAAGAUGUUCUGUUUCUCAUUAUGUAUCGGCAUGUUUCUACUAAAACAUUGCCUUUAUCAAUGUUGGCUUUGGUAGAAAGUAGAUCCUAUAUUGAAUAUCCUGAUGACCCCCAAGGAAACAUUGUUUUCUGGGAUAAAAUAGCAGAGACUUGUAGCAGGCCAUCAUAAAUGAUGUUUCAUUAUGCACUGCUUGUCAAAAAAUCAGUUGUCAUUUUUAGUUUUAUGGUCGUAGAGUGGAAGAGCCCAUUAAGAAAUCAUGGUAUCCUUGUGUCCUUCAUUUAAAGGAUUAAGAUCUUGUUGAAUAAGUUGUGAACUAACGUUUGAGUGAAGACUGGCGAGCAUAUGGUUACUCAUGCAGAUAAAUGUAUUAUAGUCAUGAACUAAUCAUCAUUUUCUCUUCAAUCUUGUUUGCAUAUAAACUAUGAAUAUGUUCCUGGGGUCAACAUAUGACUGCUCAUGAAAACUGUAUAGUAUUAUUUAAAAAAAUGUUGAACUCAAAAUAUUUUGAUCUUAAAUCGUGUUUACAUAAACUGUUAGCUUAUACAUGUAUGUACAUGAGGUCCGGCCGCAUAUGGCUGCUGAUUAACAUGUAUAAUACUUGAGAGCUCCGCAUGUUUUUGCUCUUAAAUCUUUAUUGCAUCGACAAAGAACUAAAUAUGAAGACAGUUUAAUGUUGCGUAUUUUAGUCAG